UGGUUUACAGCAUUGCUAGAGGAAUGGAAAGAGCGAGUAGUGUAUAGAAGACAUCUUCCAUCUGUUCCUUGCGGUGCCACGUAGGAUUGCACACACGGUUUCACUGCACGCAUCAACUGACGGGCGGAGGAUAGAAGAAUAUUUAGUUGGCCAAAUCAAAACCCUUCCACCUCAUCAAAUCGUGUAGAAAUCUUAUUUGGUACGUAAGUGUCAGUUCGAUUCUGCCCCGCAACGAGCGCAGGGCAACACGUGCAGCUGGAGGGGCAUUUCCCAGGCGGUGUGAAAGCGUCUAGCGCGAUAGAUUUGCAAGUGCCCGCCAGCGCCUGUGUGGGACUCAACAUCUUCAACCACCUCUCUUUCCCUCAUCUCCAACUUUCCUGCUUCUCUACUACCAUACACAUACAUAUCCACAACCCGCUCAAGAUGUCGGAGCCUAUCCGCAACAAGAAGACAGAGUCUAUGUCUGCCCCAACCCCUCAAAAUACGCCCGCCAAUGCUGCUCCAAUCUCAUCAAGAGCUCAGCAGCCUGGUGUGUCGAGUAUCAAGGAGGAGGACAUCGAUCGCAUGGCCGCCGCCUCAAUCUUUGCCCAGAAUCCGCAGCUUGUGUCCAUGAUCCAAGGCAAGCUUGGUAGCCUCGUCGGCCGCACAUCUGGAUACAUCGAGUCCCUGCCUGUAUCUGUACGUCGUCGCGUGUCCGGCCUGAAGGGUGUUCAGAAAGAUCACUCCAAGCUUGAGGCACAGUUUCAAGAGGAAGUCCUCCAGCUAGAGAAGAAGUUCUUUGCGCUCUUUACACCCUUGUACGAGAAGCGUGCUAAGAUUGUCAACGGUGCCGUUGAGCCCACCGAGGCUGAGGUCGAGCUUGGUGAGAAGAAGGAAGAGGAUGAUGAAGAGGAGGACGAGGACGACGAGCCUAUCGAGAAGAACGAGGAUGCCGGUGAGGAUGUCAAGGGCAUUCCGGAGUUCUGGCUGUCGGCUAUGAAGAACCAGGUGUCGCUUGCAGAGAUGAUCACGGACAGGGAUGAGGAAGCUCUGAAGAGCUUGACAGAUAUCCGCAUGGAGUAUCUUGACCGCCCGGGCUUCCGUCUCAUCUUCGAAUUUGGCGAGAACGAGUUCUUCACCAACAAGCUCAUCACAAAGACGUAUUUCUACCAAGAAGAGAAUGGCUAUGGUGGUGACUUCAUCUACGACCAUGCUGAGGGCGACAAGAUUGAGUGGAAGGCGGGCAAGGACCUGACGGUCAAGGUUGAGAGUAAAAAGCAACGUAACAAGAACACUAAGCAAACCCGCGUUGUCAAGAAGACUGUACCGACUGAGUCUUUCUUCAACUUCUUCGCGCCACCCAAGCCCCCAGCCGAUGACGAAGAGACGUCUAGCGACAUUGAGGAGCGACUAGAGCUUGACUACCAGCUCGGUGAGGACAUCAAGGAGAAGCUGAUCCCACGUGCUAUCGACUGGUUUACUGGCGAGGCACUCCAAUUCGAGUCGAUGGGCGAAGACUUUGACGAGGGUGACUUUGAAGACGAAGAUGAUGAGGAAGACGACGAUCUCUCCGACGACCGAGACGAUGACGAAGAGUCUGAUGAUGACGUGAGUGCAGCACCGAAGACGGCGCAGAGUCGGCGCUAG